AUGGAGACAUAUCACGGCCAUGUUCGCACUCCUGCGGACGCAAUUAUCCUGUUCGAGGCAUGUCGAAUCGGCCUGCUGCCCAGAGUUCAGAGGCGACUAUCAGAAAAGGAGAGACAGUCGAUAAAGUCAGGCUCAGUGUUCGUCUGGGAUGAGCGGGAAGCUGGCAUGCGGAGGUGGACAGACGGCAAGUCGUGGAGCGCCAGCAGGGUAUCAGGCAGCUUCUUGACAUACAGAGAGAUGGAAGGCAAGCGCGGAGGUAGCCAUGCUGCCCAGGCGUCGUCGAGAGCCGGGAAGACGCCGGACAGCAAUCGGGGCAGUGAUGAGGACGGCGGCGAAGCGGGUGAAGAAGGGCCUGACGGUUACCGGUACAAGCCAGACGGCCUGAUGAAGCAGUCCUUCAGCAUAACGACCUCGACCGGACAGCACCUCCACUUGAUCAGCUACUAUGCUCGGUCACAUCCAACCGUCCCUGGCCUUAAUCAGCCCUCGACUGACCCGUCACUGCGACACAUACAGCCACAAAAGGGCCUAUAUCCAGAGUCCAGCGUUAAUGACCAGCAGAACCUCCCGGUUGUCACCAGAGGGCCCAUGGCCGGCACUGCCUUCCCAGUACCGCCUCCUGUCCAGCAUUAUGGCCGUCCACCGGCAGCUCACCCCCACGGAUACGCUCCAAACUCAUAUAACUGGCCAGUAUCACACCCGCCCCCGAUGAAUGGGCAGCCACAUCCAGCGCAACCUGGGUAUCCUCCCGGCGGCUAUCUUCCGCCACUCUCAGGCGCCAACGGCCAUCCACAGUAUCAGUACGCCCAUCCCCAGCACCACCACCUCCCGCCUUCUCAGCCGGCCUACCCACCGCAGUAUGACCGUCCUCAUCCGGCUGAUGUUCCACCUCCACCGGUUGCUCAUGGCAGUAACAGCCAUAACGCCAGUCCUCGUGGAUAUCCUUACUACGCUACCGCAAGAUCACCGGGACAUCCACAGGCUGGCCAUAUGGGACCCGGAGAACCUGUAUAUCAGCCUGGCGGUAAGCCAGAUCCGCGACUUAGCGUAUCAUCUUCUGGCUCACGCUCACCGAGAGAAGCCAUGGGCUCGCUGCAGCACACUCCCAUGAAAUCUCCUGGUCUAUCACAUAUCAAUCGGUCUCCCCAGCAAUCAAGCCCCCAACAAAACGGCCACGGACAUGUCCCAGUCCACAGCCAUGGCCACCCUCUCGAUAUACCGCCCGCUUCAUCUGCUACUGCCGUACCCAGCAUUAAUGCUCUGAUGAACGGUCCGCCACUGAACGAGAGUGCCCGUAUGCCAGGCUAUCACCAGGGAGUCCCAGCUCCUGGAAUUGCAGGAGAUGGGCCAAAGGAUAUUCCUAGCGAGAAAAUCGGAUUUGGCGAAGACAUGAGAGCCCUUCGGCAACUUGAUAGGGUAUUUACUGCCUAG